CCGAUCACGCCCGACACCACAAAAGCAGCGGCACCCUGACUCGUUCCAUUCCUCACCUCCCGUCAGGUCAGCUCCCCCCGCAUCCCAACCAGCCUCUCGCAGAUCCCCACCCUCUCCGUCGCCGCCGGCCAAAGCGUCGCGCCCCUCGGCCGCCAGGAUGACAGAAGCACCAUUUUUUCCACGUGAGAAGCUCUUCAAGCAGCAGCAUUAUUUCCAGAACUUGACCAAGCACACUUACCUGAAAGGGCGUUACGAUGUGGUCACCUCCGUUGCCAUCCCCCUUGCAUUAGCUGCCUCCAGCUUGUUCAUGAUUGGUCGUGGAGUUUACAACAUGUCUCACGGGAUUGGGAAAAAGGAGUGAACUCCGGUGGGUUAACUAGUUAUCUCUGUACUUUGCAUGGAAGUCAUAUUACCCAGGCUAUGAAGUCUUCUUCGAUUGCAAAAUAAUACUGUCAAAGAACAAGUUGAAUGCAUUUCCAGUUCAUGUUCAGUUGGUAUCUGUGGAUAUCUAAUGUCAGCAACUUGAACAUCAGCGGUUAAUUGCACUAUUCCUUUCGUCC